UUGAAUUAUAUUAUAAACAUUUGUGUAAUACAUGUCUGACUGUUAAAACAUCCUUGUUUUUAGGAAACGUGACUUGUACACCUUCAUUACAAAUGAGGAGUUGGAUAGUAUAGUGGCAGAAAUACACCAGAGAUACCCUAAUGCUGGCUACAAGAUGAUCUUGGGACACAUAAGAUCCAGGGAACUGCGUAUACAAAGAGAAAGGGUUUUAGCAUCAUUAAGACGAGUAGAUCCUGAAGGAAUGGAACUACGCAGGUUACGCCUUAGGACAUCUAGACGCCGACGUUACAGUGUACCAGCUCCCAACCAUUUAUGGCACAUUGAUGGGAAUCAUAAACUUAUUCGAUGGAAAAUUGUUAUCCACGGGGGAAUUGACGGCUAUUCUCGGCUUGUGGUUUACUUAAAAGCUGCUACAAACAACAAGGCUCAAACAGUGCUGCAAAGCUUUCUGUCUGCUGUAGACACAUAUGGUGUUCCCUGUAGAGUGCGUUCUGAUAAGGGGGGAGAAAAUGUAAUGGUUGCCCGCUUCAUGAUACAAACCAGAGGAAUAAAAAGACAUUCACACAUUACAGGAAGAAGUGUGCACAACCAGAGAAUUGAGCGGCUGUGGAGAGAUGUCUUUGACCAAGUAAUAGACCUCUUCUACACUACCUUUCGUCGUAUGGAAGAUGAAGGAUGGCUUAAUCCGGACCAGGAUGUGGACUUGUUUGCCUUGCACUGGACUUACAUGCCACAAAUUCAGAGGCAUCUACAAGAAUUUCAGAGUGCCUGGAAUAGUCACAGUUUAAGAACCGAAGGCAACAGAACUCCUCUGCAGCUCUGGUCAAAUCAUGAGAGGGAUGCUUCAAAUCAGAUUGAUAUUGAUGAAGUCAGGGAAGACCUUCAAGGGCAACCAGCAGAAGGUGUUCAUGUUCCUCAGUUGGAUCUGCCUCGUGGCUUGACUGAAGAAGAGCUGGAAACAUUACCAAACCCAGAUGUACCAUACUCGGAUGCGUUAUCUGUCUACAUGAACACAGUUCUUGCCGUGAAACAAAUGCUUGGUGAAAUUUAAAGGGGUUUAGAAAUUGUUUGUGCAUAUCAGACAGACAAGUUGAAUAAUUAGGAACUAGACUAUGUAACAUGUGGAUUUCAUUUAUUUGUGCACCAACUGGAUAAAAUGCUUUGUUACUGCACAAUAAAAAAGCUGAACAACUGGA